AAUGUGCAAUAAGCGUGUAAAUAAUAGCGAGAUAAUGAAUUUGUCAUCCACGUUUGUUUUGACGGUCAUUUCAAUCAAAAUACUCAGGGAAGACAACUGGAUUCGUGUGAAAAAUACAAGAAUUUAGAAAAUCGCUACUAGCAAUAUGACAUUUGUUUUCAAUGAUGUGUCGAUCAGCAGCGAUAUCAAGGAAUUACUUUUCAACAAACAUGUAGAGUACAUCGCCAAUCAUGGCAACGACAAGAAUGACUACGAAUAUUGCAUCACGGAAUUUCUGCGAAUGUCUGGAAUCUACUGGGGUGUGACAGGAUUGGACUUGAUGUACAAACUAGACAGGCUUGACAAACACGAAAUUAUCGAGUUCAUAAAGCGUUGUCAAUGUCCUGUGAGUGGAGGAAUAUCAGCCUGUGAAGGACAUGAUCCCCAUAUUUUGUACACCUUAAGUGCCAUUCAAAUAUUGUGCAUUUACGAUUGUUUGAAUGAAAUUGAUACGGAAGCGGUGGCCCAUUAUGUUAGCUCAUUGCAACAACUUGACGGUAGUUUCUUUGGGGAUAAAUGGGGUGAGGUCGAUACAAGGUUCUCAUUUUGUGCUGUUGCUAUACUCAGUCUAAUCGAUAAAAUUAAUGUGAUUGACCUGGAGAAGGCUGUUAACUUUGUCAUGUCGUGUUGUAAUUCCGAUGGUGGAUUCGGAUCGAAACCUAACGCAGAAAGUCAUGCUGGGCUGAUCUACUGCUGUGUUGGAUUUCUGUCGUUAACCGACCAACUGCACCGACUGGACUGCGAGAAGCUUGCCUGGUGGUUAUGUGAAAGACAGUUACCUAGUGGUGGUCUCAACGGCCGACCUGAAAAGUUACCAGAUGUCUGCUAUUCAUGGUGGGUGUUAGCGUCGUUGACAAUAAUGGGCCGACUACAUUGGAUCAGUUCAGAAAAAUUGCAAAAGUUUAUUCUAUCUUGUCAAGAUUCUGAAACUGGUGGUUUCUCGGAUCGUACCGGUAAUAUGCCAGACAUUUUUCACACGUUGUUCGGUCUGGGAGCUCUUUCACUACUCGGUGAUGAAAGGUUGCGAAAAGUUAAUCCUACUCUAUGUAUGCCACAGUACGUAAUUGAUCGAUGCAAGUUGAACCCUAAAGUAAUAGUUCUCUGAGCUGCUAGAGAUUUAAAUACAGAUUAAACAUAGACACAUUUAUUUGACCGUUUUAUAGUUUUCAAAACAUACCAUCCUUUCGGAUCCAAAUUUUAAUAACAUUUAAUCUCAGCACAACUGAUUGUAAUAUCUUUAGAGAAUAAACGAGAGCCAGCCGAAAAUCAGUAAAAAUCCUCCUGCCGGUGUUAGCUUCGCUACGCGACGAUCGUUGGUGAAUGAAAUAUAAUAGCAGGUGCCACAAAACAAUGCCAUUCCCGACGAUAACAGUAUGGUUGUC